UCUGUCCUCUCUAAACAUAUUUAUGCAAUUGAAAUUGAAAACAGGAGGCGAAUUAUGAGUGUGCUAACACGAGAGCUGCCGUUUAGGAGUAGCGAUAGGUUAGCUCACACAGCGGCUGAAGUUCGCUGACUGACUACUGGAUGAGCAAGAACCAAGUUAAGUUUCACCUCAUUGUGCCUCAUUAUGAAAAAUACAUGUCGGUCGCACUAUGUACACUUAUCAGUAGAUGUUUAUGAAUGUUGCUUACAACAGAUGCAGAAAGUUAGUUUAGUUAGCUAGUAGCAAAUGUUUAGCAGCUUUGCCUUACAUUUAUUGCUGUCUUUCUGGUGGAAAUUUCAUCACGUCAAAACUACUCGUAGUUAUUAAACGUUAGAUCUUAUGUAGUUGAACCGACACGCCCAAGGUUUUUCACGUCUCGUCACCACAUCCUGCCCUGCCAGUCUUUCUUUACCACCUCCUACUAGUCUUCCCUUAUGUGACUUAGCAAAUGAAACACGAGUUUCUAAUGUUAGGGAUGAAGAUUCACGUUGAUGUAUGUUGUUUGUGUGUCUGACUCAGUCUUUAUAACCGUACAUAAUGUGUAAACUAUUAAUGUUCAGGUAUAAAAACACUUAUUUACAUAAGUUAUUAGCAUAAAAAUUAGUAAGAUAAAAUAGGAUAAAUUUAAAAAUGGCAGCACACAUGUUUCAUUUAGUCCUUUCUCUAUGUGAUUGGAAAGUUCAGCUGAAGAAGAAGUUGACUCUGUAUCUAGUGGUUCUGGUGGCCUGCUCUGUGAUGCCUGCCAGAGGGGAGGAGUUUGUGGGGUUAGCAGUGAUGCUGACAGCCCAUUUUCUGAGUCUGGACCGGUACAGAUGCUCAAUGAAGGGGAGCUUAGUUCCAAUGAUCUUCGCUCCUAACUGGACCCCCCGCUGCAAUCUGUGCCAGUCCUGCUUGGUGGUUGAACCAAACCACACAGUGAUGGAGGUGCAGAGGACAGACUGGAUGAUGGCUGUGUAAAAGAUGGUCAGCAGCUCCUGGGGCAGGUUGAACUUCCUGAGCAGUCUUAAAAAGUACAAGCUCUGCUAGGCCUUCGGAUCCAUCCUUCAGAUGCUUACGCGCCAGCCUCUCAAAUGUCAUUUGAGGGAUCCCCAGAUGCAGCUCCAUUGGGCCGAUCACGUCUGAAGCCUCCAGCUGCUGUGGUAAAGCACUACUAUAUGGGCAUCAGGCACACAACCCCUGAGAAAUUUUUUGUCGAAGCCUGUGAUGAAGGGGCUGAUGCUGUGCUGGCUAUUGAUAGGGUCUCAAAUGAGAUAACCCUUGCAGGUAAAAAAGAUGUUCCUUCUUCUGCAGUUACCAGACCUAUAUGUGGCAUCAUGGGAACUAUGCGCCUUGUAGCAGGUAUGUACCUGAUUGUCAUCACCCGGAAGAGGAAUGUAGGCAGCCUUCUCGGCCACUCUGUGUGGAAAGCUGUGGAUUUUGAUGUGAUCUCUUAUAAGAAGACAGUGCUGCAUCUCUCAGAAAUCCAGUCUCAGGAGAACAAGACCUUUUUGGCCAUGAUUAACAAUGUGCUGACUACAGAUGGCUUCUACUUCUGCACCGACUAUGACCUGACGCACACACUGCAGCGGUUGGCCAACACCAGCCCUGACUUCCAGGAGAUGAGCCUACUGGAGAGGGCCGAUCAGAGGUUUGUUUGGAAUGGGAAUCUCCUGAGAGAACUUGCUGCACAGCCAGAGCUUCAAAGGUUUGCACUUCCUGUUAUCCAUGGCUUCAUCGUCAUGAAGCCAUGUCGUAUAAAUGGGAAGAUAUUUGAGUGGAUCGUCAUAUCCAGGAGAAGCUGCUUCCGGGCCGGUGUCCGAUACUUUGUUAGAGGCAUUGAUUCUGAAGGUCAUGCUGCUAACUUUGUGGAGACUGAGCAGAUAGUUUUGUUUGAGGGAGCCAAGGCUUCAUUUGUACAGACACGAGGCUCUAUACCCUUCUACUGGAGUCAGAGACCCAACCUCAAGUACAAACCUAAACCCAUAAUCAGCAAAACCACCAAUCACUUGGAUGGGUUCCAGAGGCAUUUUGAUUCUCAGGUCCUUAUUUAUGGGAAACAAACGAUUCUCAACUUGGUAAACCAGAAGGGCUCAGAGAAGCCACUAGAACAAGCCUUUGCCAAGAUGGUGUCUGGCAUGAACAAUGGCAUGCUCAAUUACAUUGCCUUUGACUUCCACAAAGAAUGCAGCCACAUGAGAUGGGACCGUCUCCAGAUCCUUGUGGAUGCUGUUGCUGAAACACAGGAUGAAUAUGGUUACUUCAUGCUGAACUCAGAGGAGAAGACAGUGGCCCAGCAAAAAGGAGUAUUCCGCAGUAAUUGCAUGGACUGUCUAGACAGAACCAACGUCAUCCAGAGCCUGCUGGCUAGACGCUCACUGCAGUCUCAACUUCAGAGAUUGGGGGUCCUCAAUGUGGGUCAGCGGAUUGAAGAGCAGGCUGAGUUUGAAAAGAUCUACAAGAAUGCAUGGGCUGACAAUGCCAAUGCAUGUGCUGUACAGUACGCGGGAACUGGAGCCUUGAAAACAGACUUCACAAGGACAGGGAAGAGGACCAGGUGGGGGCUAAUGAUGGAUGGGUGGAACUCCAUGAUUCGCUACUACAAAAACAACUUCUCUGAUGGAUUCAGACAGGACUCCAUUGACUUGUUUUUGGGCAAUUUUGUUGUUGAUGAGUCAGAUGGACCCACUCCUCUACGUGUACAGAAAGACUGGAAAUUCCUCACUCUCCCUAUCAUCAUGCUGGUGGCAUUUUCCAUGUGCAUUGUCUGUCUUCUUAUGGCUGGUGAUACGUGGACAGAGACUCUGGCCUAUGUGAUGUUCUGGGGGGCUGCUAGUGCAAUAACGGCCGCUAUUAUUGUGUUCAAUGGCCAAGAUUUUGUAGAUGCCCCCAAACUGGUUCACAAAGAGAAGAUGGACUAAGAUUUUGUAUGUAUGUCUAGACAUACAAGCAGCUGGGUUCUUCUGUGGUCUCUGUGUUGCUUCUUCUUUACCCAGAAAUGUUUAUUUUCUCUUCAUUUGAAUGCCUAGAAUGUAAUUUACCUUCUCCAGUGAUACAUAGACUACAUUUAACAUUCUCUGUACUGUAUCGGUGAAUAAUCUGGUGUUUGAUUACAAAAGGUCGGAAAUGAAACAGUUUUGUGUUCUAUAACUGCCACAAUAAUGUAAUUUUUGAACAUUGUAGUUAUAGUAGCAUAGCUGCACUCAUUUUAAGACUAAUGAAUAUUCAACAUCUGUAUGCUUCGUCUUCAUUACAUAGCUUUUCUUCACAACAAUGCAACUUCAGUCAGUUUGAGAUCGGCGUAAGUAAUAUGAAUAAUACAUACAAAUAUAGAAUGUUUAAUGUUGACCUAGCAGGUUUACCCUCAAGACAGGGAUGUGGGAGAUGUCAAAUGUUUGUACACAAACAUAAAAACUCACUUUGAAUGCAUUUGAAUGUUUAAGGCAUACAACAUUCACUAACAUAGUUUAUUUGUUGCUGGGAAAGUAGUGUAAAAUGUCUACAUGAAUAAAAGGCUCUACAGUACUAGAAAGUGCAACUUUAAAGAUACUUUAUGUAAUUCAUCCCAAACAAAUUACUUAAUUUAGGUAAUUUACCUUUACCAAUGACACCUAAUCAUGGUACGCAAGGAAUCACGGUGUAUCUAAAUUAUGAAUAGAGCCCUAUAUACUGUGUGUACAUGUUGAGUUUUGACUAAUUAUUUGCAUUAGAAAUUUAAAUAUAUGGAUGAUUUGUAUCUAACUGGAGAAAUAUGUCUACCUAUUAAAGAAUAGGCUUGCAAUUACUUCAGAGCAAAGACAAUUUAGCUUUUAUCCUUCCUUAGUCCUUUUUUUGUACAAACAUGGCUUCAACUAUGUGUCUAAACCUGAGGCUUCAUCAGACCGAUUUGUUAAAGUACUCAUCUGUUUAAUUUAUUUGUCUGUGUUGUUGCAUAGUGUGUAGUUUCUACUGUUCUGUAUGUUGGUUCCAGACUCAGAUGUCAGCUUUCUUAUUUGUCCAGUGAUAGUAAUUUCUUGAAUAUGAUUUUCUGCUGUUCUCACAGAACAGUGUUAUAUUAAGAUCACACCUUGCUGUCUCCAGUGAGCAUACAACUUGUUGGCAGGAUAGCAUUUUAUUUUUUUGUGAGAUUACUGUGUGGAUAACUCCCCGAGAAUCAGGUGUCGUUACCUGAAUCCCAGUGGUAGUAAUACUUUUUUGCUUUCUAAUGAUGUGUCUGGCUACACCAGCUACACAUUACACAGAUUCCUGAAUUUCCAUGAAUUUUGAAAUCACAAUUUUCAAUUCUCAAAUAUAAGUUAAAGUUAAGUUAAAACCUUGUCAUUCAUAAAGUAAAGGCAUUCUUGUGAUAGCAUUAUAGUUUUGCUGGAACAAUCCUGUUUAUGAUGGGUGCAAAUCAGCUUUCACUAUGACUGAUGACUUGAAACAGUCAAAAGUAGAUGACUGAUAAUGUCAUAAUGUCAAGACAAUGUGUAAGCAGAGUAAAAUAGAACUCAAAAUGA